AUUGGGUUUUUGCUAAAUUGCAAGAGUAAAACUGAUUCAAAUUACUAAUAGUAGAAGGCAGUAAAUUAUAGCGCGUAAUAUGGACCAAAUGACUCCAUAAUGACUGUGACUCUUCCUUGUCGUCUCUGCCAUCUUAAGCGUCUCUCGAAGAGCCGGCCAAGUUUUCCAAAAAUCUCUUCUUUCCUCUUUGCCUGAUCCCCAAAUAUAACGACCUUUUCAGCUUAGGAAUCUCAACCUUUAAUUCCAUCACUCACAUAAUGGUGCCUGGCUGAAAACAGGGUGUUUGUUAAAACGAAGGAAAUUUCACCUAGGAAAAAAAAAAAAAAGGCCUGUGGGUCGCCGACAAAUUCCAGAUCUUUCAGGUCCAGUUAAGCAACAAAUUCAAUCUUUUUAUCCCAAAUCUUCAAUCGGGUUAAUCGGGAAAUUGAUGUAGGAAUUCUGGGUCUGAUCCAAAAUUUGUGAUUGGAUUGGUGAUUUUUGUGUUUCAAUUGAAAAAAGAUUCAAUCUUUGAAUCGAUUCUUAUUUGUUUUUGUUUCUUCCCAAAUCCAAAUGGUCUGUUUCCAUAGCUCAAUUCCGGUUGACCAACAUAUAGCCAUGGCUAAAUCUGGUGGCAACUCAACCGAUUCUGUUUUGAAACCCAAGCAAAUCAAUCAACCACACAAGAAGAAGAAUCAGCUGAACAUCCCAGCUUGCGAACAAUCUCGGUUCGCAGUCAUCGAUGUGAUCAUCUUGAUUGCUGUGAUUGGUGCUUGUGGAUUUUUGUUGUAUCCGUGCGUGAGGAGUUUAGCGCAUAACAGUGCUGAAUUUGUUGAGGAAGCAGCUUAUAUUCUUCAAGAUGAGAUUUUCCGGGCCCCGAUGGUUUAUGGAUGUUUUGGCCUUAGCCUUGUAUUUGCUCUGUUAGCACUUUUGGCAAUCACAAUCUAUACUAGUAGGACCUGUGGGAAACCUGGUUGUCGUGGGCUUAGUAAGGCAGCUGAAUUUGAUAUACAAUUAGAAACAGAAGAGUGUGUGAAGAGCUCAAUUGGUGUACCUAAAUUAGGGGUGAAGCAGGGUCUGUUUCAGUUGCCUCGUGAUCAUCACAGAGAACUUGAAGCAGAGCUCAAGAAGAUGGCUCCACCGAAUGGAAGAGCUGUUUUGGUUUUCAGGGCUAGAUGUGGAUGCUCCAUUGGCAGUAUGGAAGUUCCUGGGCCGAAGAAGUCUCGAAAGGUUAAAAAGUAGUAGCAUUGCAUACGAGAAAGAUGCAUUAAUCUUAUUCAGUAUAUUUUAAUCCACACUUACAGAAAUGAGAUGAGAGUAAGCCCUCUAUGUAUAUCUUUCUGAAACUGCAAAAUCACAGAAUAAAUUUAUCGGAAUAAUGCUCAUGAUUGUUAUAUUUAUAUUUGUUUAUACUGAUAAAAGAACACUUCUUAUAAGUUGCUUUGGGAUUUAGCUUUUUUGGGACAUUCAUGUUGACGUUGGAUAUAUCUCAUUGGUGCUUGUUAUCUGCUUUAUGCCUGGGAAUAACUUGUUUAGAACAGUUGAUGUUAAGGAAGUUGCUGUUGCAAACAAUCCACAUUCGAAAAUGAACUGUGAUUUCUCUUUUCUUUUUCCUGGAUAUUAUUAUCACAUUAAAAGGAUCCCAUCCAUUGCAUCACCCUUGCAGAACUUGUUCCAUUUGAUACUUCCUUUUUUUCCGCAGUUUUCCUACUUUGACACUUAAAUCAAAUUUAGUUCUUCUGCAUUCCUUUGAUUUAAUCUGUCACAGACUUUGUGUUUGUCUGCAGUUUUUUAUUGUUCGAUUUUCUAGAAAGUAGUCUAGACUCUAGAUUAUGGGGUCUGAUCUUAACUUUUACCUUCUAUAAUCUAUAUACCUGUCUAAGGAAUUAGUUUCCAUCACCUGUAGUUAUCUACUUUCUGCUGAACUUAUAUUUAAUGAGUAUGUCUAAUCCAUUUCCAGUGCACGAUAAUGAAGUAGUAAUGAUGUCUUCCAAAUUGGGAUUGUUUUGCAAGGGGAGAUCAAGAGGCCCUCCUUUUCUUGUUACAUUUUAUUUCCAAUCAUUACAACUAUGGUGGUCCAGGACUCUGAUAAGUUAUAAGUGAUUGUACACUGAAAGUUUAUCAAGCUUACUGAUAAAAUCUAAACCAUAGUAGCUUAUUGUAACUGGUGAGGCUUAUACUCACACUGUUUAACAAAAACAGAUGCUUCCGUUGGUUGGUAGAGUGGAGUUCUUUCGAGAAUCCAGAAACCAGUUGCUUGACUGAGUUUGAGUUCCCAAUUGAUGAGAAAUCCUUUGUUUACUGAUGAAAGUUUCCUACCUAAAGGUUUUAAGCGUGUCCAAGCAAUUGAAGUUACUAUGCUAAAGUGCAUCUUUCCUAUAUCUAUCAUAUGUCAUUUCUUUUUUUGGUUGGAGUAUGAUGACUUCAAAAGAAACACAUUGAACCCUACUUUUUGUUCUGGAUGAAUGCUUUGUGGAAAACUAGCAUCAUGCGCAAAAACAAUGA